CUCCAAGCUUCUCUGUAUCCUUUACUUUUUAGUCUUUCUUGAAAAAACUUCAUUCAUAAAUUUGCCAUACUUCAAAGUAUUUCUUUAGUCUAGCAAAAAAAGUAUUUCUUUACAACAAGUUAAAACUAAAAUAGAAAAACAUAGUUUCUCACAACCCAUAUUCAUGGCUUAUAAUCAAGAAGAACAAAAUGAAGAAGAGCAAAGAAAAAUUCAGUAUCCUUUGGACUCAACAUGCUAUAAAAUUCUUGAUGAAAUUGGUAGAGGUGUUAGUGCCAUUGUGUACAAGGCCAUUUGUCAUCCUGUGAACUCAUCUGUUGUAGCUAUUAAAGCCAUUAAUCUUGAUCAAUCAAGAGCUGAUCUAGACAACAUUCGACGCGAAGCUAAGACUAUGUCCCUUCUUUCUCACCCAAACAUCCUUAAAGCACAUUGCUCUUUCACUGUAGAUCGUCGUCUUUGGGUUAUCAUGCCUUUUAUGUCUGCAGGUUCUUUGCAAUCCAUCAUAUCAUCUUCUUUCCCUGAUGGUUUAUUAGAGCCCUGUAUCGCAAUAGUCCUUAAAGAGACGCUGAAUGCAUUGGCCUACCUUCACAAUCAAGGCCAUCUUCACCGUGAUAUUAAAGCAGGGAACAUCCUUGUAGAUUCUGAUGGAACUAUAAAACUCGCGGAUUUUGGAGUUUCUGCAUCAAUUUUUGAGCCAGCUUCAGCUUAUGGGUCGGCAUAUUCUUCCUCAUCGUCGUGUUUAAUGUUCACCGAUGUGGCUGGAACACCAUAUUGGAUGGCCCCUGAAGUGAUACAUUCACAUACGGGGUACAGUUUCAAGGCAGAUAUUUGGUCUUUUGGUAUUACUGCUCUUGAGUUAGCACAUGGGAGGCCUCCUCUAUCUAAUCUUCCUCCUUCAAAGUCUUUGUUCAUGAAAAUCACGAAGAGAUUUCGGUUUUCUGAUUAUGAGAAAACCAAGAACAGCAAGAAUUACAAGAAAUUCUCAAAGGCUUUUAAGGAUAUGGUAGGAUUGUGUCUUGAUCAAGAUCCAAACAGAAGGCCAUCAGCUGAUAAACUGUUGAAGCAUCCUUUCUUUAAGAGUUGUAAUAAAGGCCCUGAUUUUUUGGUCAAGCAUGUUCUGCAUGGCUUGCCAAGUGUGGAACAAAGGUUCAGACAAGGGAAAAUUCAGAGACUUUUGUCCUUGAAAAAAUUUGAUGAUGAUAAUGAUGACGAGGAUGAUCCGAUGCCAGGAGAAAUUUCUAAAGAAAGAAGGAUAAGUGGGUGGAAUUUCAACGUGGAUGGGUUCGAACUGGAUCCAGUACUUUACCCAGCCGAAAAAGAUCAAGAAAUUAGUAGCCUAAAACAAGAUAAUGUUGAUGAUGUGGCAAAGCAAGUCGAUGUAUCGGAAUUGUUUUCCGAUACAUCGACUAUAAGUUCACCAGGAGGUUCACGUCAGUCGUCUGAGGUCGAAGGUGCUGCUAUAGUUUGUGGAGAUAAAAAAAGUCAUGCUGAAAUUGGGAGUGGGAGUGUUAGUGGAGAAGUAAUGUUGGCUAGCUUAUUGUUUCUGAAGAAGAGUUUGGAUGAUCAAAGACAAAAUGUAAUGAAUUUGAUCAGCUUUUUUCAUGGGGAACAACAUGUUGUUGAAGUGAAUAGGAAAGAAAAUUUGAUUGAGGUAAUUGACAAGUUGAGAAAUGAAGUGGAAAAUGAAAAGAAGAAAAAUUCUGAUUUGCAGCUCGAGAUAGAGCUUCUGAAGUCUCAAUAUUCGAAUGAGUAGUAGUAGUAUAUCUUAUAACUAUUGUAUUCCUGUAACUUUUACUAAUUAAGCUUUUGAUAUGUUGUUGAAAGAUAUGAGCUUAAAUGGAGCGAUAUGAAAUUAUGAAUUAGUAGAAUCCUUACUUAUUAUGUUUUUGUGCUAUGCGAAUGCCUAUUAUUGACUAGUCAAGUUAAAACGAUCAAUGCAGCUAUGUUGUCUUGAUAG